CCUGAGAUUCAGUCACGUUUACAUGUGGGUAUCAAUGAAGUCACUCGUUACAUGGAAUCCUAUAUUGCCUCCACACCUACCACACAACCCGUCAUGUAUAUCUGUAAACGAGAGAUCAAACCACUUCAAUUAUGCCAACAUUUGCUUUCUAUGGCUGCUUUAGCUAAAAUCAAAUUAAUCCCCAUGCCUGCAGAUUCUGAGUCCAAGUUGGGUCAAGCCUUGGGUAUCACUCGAGCAUCUGUUGUCUUGAUUGAGAUUAUGGAGGACAAGGAGGAAUCAUUACGUUUAUCAGCUCAGGAAGUACCUCUCAUUGAGGCUCCUUGGUUAUCCAACGCAUUAGAGCAAAAGGUUCAUUUUAUUGGGGAGAAUGUAAAGAUUUUGAAAACCGUGGCUCCCAUC